AUGGCUUUGAAAUUGCAGGAUGAGCUAAAACAGCAAUUGAGCUCUCUGAGUGAUUCUCUUGGAGGCAACUUACCAUUGGACGGUGCUGUCUUGAAAGCUCUACCUUCGGGGACCACCUCAGCAUCAGCACAUAGCUAUGGUCAUUCUGCGUGGUCUUUCACUGCCAAAAUUAACGCACUUGAUCAAAACCAUAAGCCGGUUGCCUAUCUUCUCAAAUAUGUUGCUGGAGAUCUUGGAAGGCACCAACUAAAAGGAGAGUUCAUUGGUAUGGCAGAGUUGCACAGACUUUCGCCCGAGAUGGUCCCCAGACCAAUCGCUCAGGGAAAGCUUGAAGUGGCAAGUCCAGCUACCUACUUCCUCUUGAUAGAAUUCAAGAACUUCAUUCCUGGGCUUCCGGAUGCCGCAAAGCUUGGUGCCCGUCUGGCGGCCUUGCAUGAGAGAAGCGAGUCGCCGGAUGGCAAAUUUGGUUUCCACGUCCAGACCUACGACGGCGCGCGGCUCCAAGCCAUCGCUCCUGACAGCAGUUGGACUUCGUUUUUCUCCAAGCUUCUCGCCGAGGCCUAUCGGCAAGACGCCGAGACCAACGGCGUCUGGCCAGAACUCGCAUUGGUGCACUCGAGAGUACAGUCCCACCUCAUACCGCGUCUCAUUGGGGUCUUGGAAUCUGAAGGCAGGACGGUGAAGCCUACGCUGAUCCACGGAGACCUGUGGGAGGGCAACAUAGGCGUCGAUGCCGACACUGGCGAUCCGUGA